AUGGCAUAUCAAUCAGGUUUUCCAGCUUCUUUCCUCGCCAAGCGAGUUCCAGACAACAAUUCUUUCGAUCUCCCUCCAAUCUCAAAGGAAAGACUCGCGCAACUCAAGCUCCCUGGCUCCAGUCUCUCAAAUUACUCAAUUGCCUCCGAAGACAGUCACAAGCAAGGACUACUCGCCAGCCACCGCCGCAAGCAAGAAGAGAUGGAGAAGCAGACAAAGCGCGUAUCAUGGGCCAAGCGACUCGAAGGAUCAGCUCGCAGCAUCGUCCCACAAGACCAAGACGGAGAUCUAGAUGUUGUACAAGAGGCAGGAAGUGAUGUCGACUCCAUCACACCGAUCGAGCGGGCUUUCGAGUCCAACAUUCAGCGUCCCUCCCUCCGUCUGGCUCCUCCUCCUCCUCCUCAACAAGUCCCGGGUGCCGACGAGGCAUCCUUCGCUCGAUGCAAGUCGGCCCUGGGCUGGGCUUUUCAUCACAAGCUCCGGGUGUUCUGGUUGUCUGUCCUCCUGUUGGUCGUGGUUGGAUCGAUCGUGGUCCCUUUCGUCGGUGGAAAGAAGUGA